GCGUCUUACUUGAUAUUCAUCAAAUAUGAGUAUCAAUUUCAUUUAUUUAUUUUAAAGAUAAACUUUAUGCUUUACUUUGUUGAUAUAUUGUUUCAUCAAAUCUAUUGUUUCCCGGCCCUCUGAACGGGCAAAAGGGUGGAAUCAGUUUUCUCAAAUAACAGGAACGGGUUCGCCUUGAAGUGGACCCUAGAAUGACAGGCCUGUUGGGCAAAUCUGUGUGUUGCUUAUGGGACCCACCAAUCACUUUUCUUCCCGUCGGGAAUGGGACAGGGAAAGAAUUAAGAAAGAAAAACUGCAUAAAUCCUAUUUUUGACCUUUUUCUAUAGCCAUUUUCUUCCACACAUUUGAUAGAGAUGGCUACUACGACCAUAGUAAAUACACCAGCUGCGAGAAGGCUAUCGUUACUGCCCCUUUCAUCGGCGAAUCGAACUCAUACAAAUGCUCUAUCAUCUCAAAGCAAUAGUAGCACAAUGUAUCACCAGGCCGAUUCAAGGAACUCAGACGGGCCAAAAUUAAGUAUACACUUUAAUGAAGGUCCCAACUUGACUAUAAGACCCAACCGUAUUGUGAGAGGUCAUGUCAAAUUAAAGACAAGCAAAAUAAUUUAUGCUAGUCAAAUUCGUGUCAAGUUUAAAGCUGUAGAAGUUGCUUGCGUUAAAGUAAAAGAAACAAAGACGGAAGACCGUAUUGAGAAAUUAACAACCACCUAUUUUGAGAUCGAAACAAGAGUGUUUGGCAGUCAAGAAAAUGCCUAUUUUCUGAAUAAUUGGCAGACUAUAGAACCAGGCGAAUAUGAAUACAAAUUUGCGAUGAAGUUUCCAAACGUAAACUUCCCGCCAUCCCUGGAAAACCCUACAGGGUUCUCUGUUCGUUAUUUGUGGACAGCCUAUCUGGACGGUGCGGCAAACCAUCCCGGAGCGCGCAGUGCGGAAGUCAGCACAAUUUAUCGGCCUUUACUCUGCGCGCCUGAAGCCAAUCCGUGGGUGUUUCAGGAAACAUUGUAUAAAGACAAAAAGACGCCAGUAGCCACCAUCAAAGUCAAAUUACCAGCUCAGGUUUUCGUUCCUGAACAAAUCACACAGUUAGAUAUUGAAAUUAACUGCAUACCGUCGGAUAUAAGUGUCGGUAGUUUGGGUUACAAGUUUCGAAAAUGCUACGAAGGAAAGCUACAGCUGGAGCGAGGCAUUGUGCACAAAGUGUUUAAAAGAGAUAUUCACCAAAAAAUGAUCAAUAUAAAGGACAAUGCAGUAGAUUCUGGAAAUAGCAGCAACCUGUAUGUACCCAACCUACAGUUACAGCUACCUUCAUGGCUAUUAUCACCUUGCUUUCAGUCAAACCACAUUCGUGUUUACUAUUAUCUCAUUCUAAUGGUUCAGCUGGAUCCGACCAAUUUGUUGAAAUCAUCCUAUCACACGCAGGUGCAAAUUCCUAUUGGAAUAGCCAAUGUAUCUCAUGAGCACUUUGCAAGACUUCCGGGAAUGACGACUAUCCAACAUUAUAAGAAUUCACGAGAAGCACCCGUGUUCUUUGAUGCGAAUCUAGAAGAGCCACCAGGUUAUCCGAUAAGUCCUCCUCUAAGUACCCGAGACAGUACGGGGGAAUUAUUCACAUCUCCAUUAUCUACAUUAUUGAAUCCUGAUGAUGAAGCUUUGCUUGGUGAGUUCAGACAAAAUAACACCACAGUGCCAACGAACAGUGGAUCCAUAUUGUCACCAUCUUCUCCUCCUUCUGCAGCACGAGAAGAGCUUCUGCCUCCUCCAGAUUACUUUAGUCUCAAUGACAUUCCUCAAUAUAUCGAAAAAGAGCGCGUAGAAAAGACAAGAUACUCUACUCGACUUGUUAAACCCAAUAUGCUAAUGGAGUUAGGUGAGCCAUUAACCAUCGAACCCUAUUCUGAUGAUGAAUGGUAGAGUUAUUUUUUUUUUUGAUUUCCGUAAAUACCCACAUUUUUCACUCUUCCCGUUCUUUACCCGCCUUUCACAAAUUUUAUGUAUUAUGUAAUAUUAUGUAUAUUUUUGUCUUAUAUAAAGCGUGCAGUCAAUCUAACCAUGGCUGUCUACUGUAGUCCCCUUCCUUCUUAAGAAACUC